CUUCGCAUUCCAGCUUUGACUCCCGUAGUGGCCGGUGGCUGGCAGUGUUGGUUGGCUCGGUGACUGUGUGUGCCGUGUGUGAGUGUGCUAAGAUAUUACGAACACCGCGAUACCGACGGGUGAUUGAUUACCUGCUGGCACCAUGAAGACUUUAACGGUGGCGGUGUUGGUGGUUGCGGUGGGCGUCGCCAGAGGGAUGCCGAUCGAGCCUGAGCCGCGGCAGUUUGUUUACCAGCCAGGCUCCCCCUCCGUCAGGCUGUACCCGGUGCAUUUUGAACACUACCUCAAAGCUUCUCCCGGUCGACUCCCAAUGCUGAAGGAAGAUUCUCCCAUCAUGCAGGCUUUCCGGCCCAACAUGCUUCAGCCUAACAUGGAGAAAACUGAGACGCCGAGCACCGUGGGGGGACACAUGACCACACCACUGAUGCCUGAAACAAAACCAGUGAUUACCACCACCACUACCACCACCACCACAUCCACCACCACUACUACUACAGUCCCGCCCUCUGAGCCCAAGAAGGUUCCCAUGACAACUUUGGAACCGAUGGCUGAUAUGGAGGACGAGACAACACUGCAACCUGAGCCCAUGGCAGAGGUUGAGGCAGACUCUGUUCCUCAAGACCAAGGAACCACAGAGCCCAUCAUUGAGGAUGAGAUGAUGAUGGAAGACACCUUAGCAGUUGCCGAUGAUAAAGAGGAGCCAGUUAGUGCUACAGAGAUAAUGCCAAUGAUGGAAGGUGAGGAGGAGACUGCCACCGAGACCUUCCAAGAUGAGAAUGAGAUGGUGCACAACACGGAAAUUCAAGACGAUAUGACUGUGACAGAGCCUGAGCCUGAGAAUGAGGUGACAACAGAAUUCCCAAACCUGAGGGACCUUCCAGUGUUCUGAGUCACCACUGAUGACUAGAAACUAACGCCCUGAAGCCACGUGCCUCAAGCAACACCAGCUACAACACUAACCUCUGAACCAUGCCAAGCAACACACACCACACAACAGCAGUCAGCACACCAGAUCACCACUACACAAGCUGUCCUGUGCUGAAAGUUGUGUGUUGAUUUAUGAAAUGACAGUUAAAUUAAAUGGAGGUGAUUUGCUGGUGAUCCAAAACUGUGCCUGUGUUAUGUGUGUGAGAGAAAGAAUGGUUCAUAUAUGUACAUGUGUGUGUGUGUGUGUGUGUGUGUGUGUGUGUGUGUGUGUGUGUGUGAGAAAGACUGACUCUUGUAGGUAUGUUUGUGAGGUAGGGAUUGAGUCAUGUACAGACAGCUCCCUAUUUGAUGAAGGAUUCAUGUGUAAGGAAAAAUGUUUCAAUAAUGUGUCCGUUUGUGUAAUGUUUAUAUACAUAGUUAUAUGCCACACACAUACAUGGUGCUCCUCCUCUGUUCUCUACAACAGAGUGAUGAAUGUAUUAUUGUGUCUAAUACUCUUGAACCAUAAUGUUUUAUACAUUAUCCUCUAAACUCUUCCAUUCCUCCUCCUCUUCCUUCACUACAUCUUGCCAGGUUUGGCAAUACUGGAUCUGUUUUUUUUUAAUCAGCAAGAAGCACAAGACUGAAGCUGAACAUAUUUCUCAUUAAUUAAGACUGAAUGUGAUUUUAAAUGUGGAUAUAUGCAUGUGUAUGCCAUACACAAUGCACCAGGUCAAAAAGUAUGACAUACAGUAAUACAUCUUAAACAGGUAAUAAAAGCUCUUGAAUUAAUGCAUCAUAAUGAAAGUGUAUUGGAUAGCUAAGACCACACCAACCACUCUAAUCUCUUAAAAGUCAUCCUGAAAUAAGUAUAAUUGCAAAUAUACCAUUCAUUCCACUGACAGAUACAUACCAUGGUAGGCUCCCACAGGGCAGCUGCUGACCACCUUGCUAGAAUAUAGUUCAGAUGUAUUCUGGGAUGAAUGCAACAUCAACAUUCCCAGAUGACAGUGAUUUAAACCAUGGCUAUACAAUAAUAGAAAUAACUGGUGUUCAGUGGCUGGUUGAGCUGAAACACAGUGUCCCUGAACCAAAGCCAGCUGUCACCUAAUACUAUAGUUACCCAUAUCCAGGCUCACCAUGAACAAAUUGCUAAUGUCAUUGGUCAUACUUGUAUAUACCAUAUUAUAUUUUCUUACUCCAGCACCACUGUGGACUGUACAACAAUGUAGGCUGGGGAGGGAAGGGGGGACUAAAGGGGUAAUAAUGUAACAUUUUCUUUCCUUCUUACAAUAGAGGAAAUGGAAAAAAUAGAAAUAUUGUAUAUGUAAAUAAAAUAAGUAUCUAUA